AUGUUAAGAACUCGGCUUCUCUGGUUUACGCUUGGAUUCUCCGUCACCGGAGCUUCCGUCGGUCAUCUCGUGUGGCGGGAUCUCUACGCUGAACGUUUCGCUAUCUCUUCUGAGAUAAAAGAGAAAUUCGGAGCUUUGGAAGGUAGAGUUUCAGGUCUGGAGUCUACCGGUCACGAGAACCCGAGUCCUGCUCAGGUCAUCUCUAUCUCCGUUAAUCGUUAG